CACAAGGUGUCCUCCAAAUCACAGUAGAAGAAAGUAGCUGCACUGACCAGUGGUAGCUGUGAAGUAAUGCCACCGGUUGUUAACAAAGUCUGAGCGCAAGUUAAACCGGAGGGACCGACGCAGCGCUUCACGUUUUGCUGCAUAGGGUGGGCGAACAGCAGGUGCUGCUUGUCGAGAUGGUGCAGCUGCACGUGAAGCGUGGAGAUGAAAGCCAGUUUCUUUUUAACACCACCGUGGACGCGCCUCUGGAAACGCUGAUCCAGCAAAUUACAGCCAUUUACAACGGAAGGCUCAAAGUGGAGAGACUAUGUUCAGAGAUUCUCGAGCUUGGAGACCAUGGCAUUGCCCUGCCUCCCAACAUGCAGGGGCUGACAGAAGAGCAGAUUGAGGAGCUGAAACUGAAGGAUGAAUGGGAAGAAAAGUGCAUCCCCACUGGAGGCCCUGUGUUUAGGAAGGAUGAGAUUGGGAGGAGGAAUGGACAGGCUCCCAGUGAUAAACUGAAAGAGGUGCUGACGAGAACGGUGGAGGAGGCAAAGGCGCUGACCUCUAAAAAACAAGUUCAAGCCAAUGUUUGUGUCACUAUGGAGAUGGUAAAGGAAGCACUGGAUCAGCUAAGGGGAGCCGUCAUGAUCGUGUACCCCAUGGGGCUGCCUCCUCACGACCCUAUCAGGAUGGAAUUUGAGAACAAGGAAGACCUUUCAGGAACACAGGCGUCUCUGCAGGUGAUCACAGAGGAUGAAUGCCAAGUGUGGUGGGCUGCCAAAGAGAUGCAGAGGGGUAAAAAACUGCAGGACUACAUUGGCAGAAAUGAAAAGACAAAGCUCGUGGUUAAAAUCCAAAAGAAAGGACAGGGGGCGCCAGCGAGAGAGCCUAUAAUCACUGAUGAGCAGCAGAAACAGAUGAUGAUGCACUACUACAGAAGACAGGAGGAGCUCAAGAAACUGGAGCAGGCGGACGACGACAGCUACCUGGACUCAGAAUGGUCAGACAGGCAGGCCCUCAAAAGACAGUUUCAAGGUCUCACUAAUAUCAAAUGGGGGCCGAGAUAAAGACCAGUACCGCUCUCUGUACCCAAGUUGGAGUCACUUCUGUGACUUGAAAUAUAACAGCUCUAAAUGAAGCUGGACAAGAUGCCUUAUCCAAAUCCUGUCAGCUUCCUGUUGAUCUUAUGUGACAUCAUCCAGGGUUUACUAAUGAUGUAACCUAUGUGUUCUUAUGGAUUAAAGUAGAUGCUUCUCCUACUUUCUAAAUGUCCUGAUGUUUGGAUCUAGACAUAUUAUAUGAUGUCAAAUAGAGGCUGGUGUUUGAUUUCUUUAAAUUUAAAUCUGGUCCCUGUGUUCCUGUGCUGUUUUCACCCUGUUAUUAAGUUACUUUUUUAUUGAAUCUGUACAAAAAAUAAAGUUAAUUCUGUGUUUUA